AAUAUCAAUACAAAGAGUGACCGAACGGCAAAGUUUAGUUUAGGGUUCUUCCGCAGCGCAACUCGACGUCUCCUGGAUCUCGCUGUUCGAACACGGAGUCCCUCAAUCGAUUAGCCGCAGCAGCAAUUGGUAGGAAGCACGGCAUCCUAAAAACCCUUGCGCUCUUCAUGCAUGGAAACCCUGUCGCGUUUCGCAGCGGGAGACGCCGCCGACUCUCUGCUGUGGCAGCCGAAGCCCGCAGUUUGGUGCACUCCUCAACCGAAGAGGAAGAGGACGUUGUUGAAGAACCCUCCUCGUCAGAAGAAUCCCAUCAAGAUCCCACCUUUGCUGGUGAAAUACUCCAAGUGAACUUCUUUAAUGCAGAAAAAACCACCCAGGAUCCCUCCUUUGUCGAUGAAUCUCUGCAUUUGAAGUUCUGUAAGGCAGUGCUCAGGUUCUCCAAGUCCAGCGGCCGCGCUUCAGUCCAGGAGCUCAGAGCGAGACCCGCCCGAUGCCGCACCGCAUCGUACAACAUGCUUAUGACGGCCAUUGCGGAAAUCGGUGAUGUGGAGGAUCUUCUCAGGUUGUUCCAAGAGAUGAAACGGGGCAAAUGCAAACCUAACGUUCUCUGCUACAACACCGUGAUCAAUGCUUUGGUAGAAGCAGGUCGCUUGGAAGAAGCACGGGCUACCUACGAGGAGAUGAUCUGUUUAGGAAUCAGAUGCAAUUUAUCCUCCUACAAUAUCCUGAUGAGGAUGCAUGCUUGCUACAGGAAAAACUUUGAUUCGGCAUACAAAGUCAUUCCUAUGAUGAAGAAAGAUGGAAUUUGUCCUGAUGUCACCACCUACUCGAUAUUGAUCACAGGGCUUUGCUCCGAUGGGAGGAUUGAAGAGGCAUGGGGAGUAUUGGACGGGAUGCUUGAGGAGAAAUGUCAACCCACCGUCCGUACAUUUAUACCUAUUGUACAAGGUUACUGUUCUGAAGGUAAAAUUGAAGUGGCUAAAAGAUUGAUGGCUACUAUGGAGAAUGUUGGAUGCUCUCCAGAAACAAUGACCUAUAACAUACUGAUUCAUGCUCUUUGCAAGGCAUCAAAGUUUGAUGAGGUUGAGGAGAUUUUGGUAGAGAGUGACUGCAAAGGUUGGAGGCCUAGUGAAAUAACUUACAACACAUACAUGGAUGGACUCUGCAAGAGUGGCAAGACCAAGGAAGCAUUCAAGCAAUUGGAAAACAUGUUGUUGAUUGGGUUAUAUCCAACAGAGUACACUUUGAAUAUCCUUCUCAAUUGCCUUUGUUAUGAUUCUAAGGAGGUUUUGGUGGCAAAGUGUUUGAUAGAGAGGAGCUUUGAGUUGAAAUGGGAUGUCACUGUUGUUGACUACAAUACUGUGAUGAGUAGACUCUGUGAUGCAGGGUACUGGGUUGGUGUACUUAAGCUCUUUAAUGACAUGAUAAAAAAGGGCAUUACGCCUAAUCUUCGAACAUUCAACAUUGUGAUACAUAGCCUGUGCAUUGGAGGAAAAUUUCACAAAGCUAGCUGUCUUAUGAACAGUGGAGAUUUUAUUGGAAACGUGGUGACUUAUAAUACUCUAAUUCAUUGGUUUUAUCUUGAUGGAAAUAUAAAUGAGGUUCAACAUGCUAUUGCUUCUAUGAGUGCUAAAAAUAUUAUGCCUGAUGAAAUUACCUACGGUACCAUUGUUGAUGGGCUUUGUAGAACAGGGGAGUUUUUAGAGGCUAUUGAUUUCUUUCACAGGUCUCUGGAACAUAAAUUCUCAUCUGAUCUUCUUCUCCGUCUAAUUUAUAGGCUAGUUAAGAAUAGAGGGCUGAAGGAAUUGCUAAAGUUAUUUAUAGGAAUUGAGAAAAGAGGGCUGUUUCUUGAUGGUCUCAUUUUUAAUUCAUUGAUCAAAGCCUUUUGCAAUCAAGGUGUUUGUCAAAGCAUUGAUAUGCCAAGUGUCUGCAUUAUUCUGGAUAAAAUGCUUGUUAGGAGAUAAUUUGAUCCCAGCUGAUGCUUUGGCAAACUUGAGCAGUGAUGAUCUUCAAGACCUGAACUCAAGUCAGGUAACUGUUAGUUUAUUCUUCUAUAAAACAUAGCAUCCAGUUUACCUUUCUAUUUUGUAUGCAAUAAUAUUUAAUACUAUUCUAUGAUUUUGGUAUCGUUGAUAAGCAUUUAGAUUUUUUGUUGAACCACUUGCCUGGAUGUGUACAGAUAGUACCUGACUAUCUUUAUGCACCUUAAACUUCACAUUAAUCUUUCUAAUAUUUUGACACAUGCUUGUCUUUUAAAUUGAGCAGAAGAUGAGGGUUGUGGAGAUGAGGAUGAGAUGAGGAUGUUAAGAUGGAUAUGUCUAAGAAUGGAUAAAAUAAAAAAUGAGAGUAUUAAAUAAAAAAUCGGAGUUAUAUUUAUUGAGGAAAAACUCUGAGAGACGCCUUUAAGAUGAUACGGGCAUGUACUUAGAUAACAAAUAAAUAUUCCAGUUAGACGAUGUAAAACUAUGACAAACAUGCACAUCAAACAAGGAAGAGGUACAUCAAAAAAGAUUUGGUUAGCAAUAAUAAAAUAAAAUAAAAUUUCUUUAAGUAUAGAUAAUAAUAUAAUAAAGGAUAGAGUCCAAUGUUGUAAAAUUGAAGAAAGGAAUGGACAAAAGAGGUCAUUCCAAGCUAUGUCCAAAAUUAGAUGGGAAAAAUAUGAGUAACUUAACUGUUGUAUGGUUCUCAGAUCAAAGAGUACUUGUCUUUCAACAUCGAGUUGUGAGGUCAAUCAACAUAUAGUCUCCUCGCCAUCAGAGUAUGAUGCGUUCAAUUCUCUCGAGACGGUUUAGUGGCUAGCACAUGAGGUGUUGACAUCAUGAGAUCUGGAGUUCGAAUCUCGGCAAAGCCGAGGUUGACAAGGACGAAUGUAUUCACCUUUUGCCAUCAUGAUACGUUCAAUUCCAUUGCCCCUCGUUGGCAUAUUCUUGUUUCCUUAGUUAAGGCAGGCGGCUGAGUAGCAGAGCAUCAAGGGGGUGCAAAGCAUGGAGCUAGCGAAGGUAAAAGCUUCCGCUCUUCCCGCUCAAGUAAAGAAUUUGACUAAUGAGGUCUUCCGUCUCCUCUCCCGCCUCUUCCUUUUGGUUUCCUAAUAAAAUGAAGCAAUUGAUGAAUACCACUGAAACAUGACAUGAAGUGACUGUUUUUAUGGUUUUGUAGAUGACAAAUGGCUUGUGUGAGGAUGCGAUAAACAAGUAUAUAGUGCAGAAAGGAUUAAAUUUGUAUAGUUUCUUACUCUCUGCCAAGGAAAUGUGUAUUCUGGUCAUAGUACACAAAGUAUAAACAAUGAUUUAUAACUCCAUGAUUCUCACAUUAACUUUCUAUGCUUCAUCUUUUGGGAAGCUUGAAAAUCA